CACACACUAACAUCCACCAGAAACAAACUUUGCCCUCUUUGACUCUAGCUAAUCUCUCUAGCUGUGUUUAAUACAGCUUCUUUGGAUCAUCUUUUCCACAAGGAGCAAGAUCUUUUGCAAGCACUAUUAUCAUCUCGACCAAAGAAGAAACCAACAAUGUCCAGCUUCAUGAAAGUCUUUCUGCUCCUGGCUGUCAUAGUCUACAUCUCUAAAGCCCAACAAGAACAAAGGCAGUGUCUGUGUCAACGUGUAAGGAAUGGAAUUGGCUCAAAGACGGACGUAAAGGACAUCCAGAUCUACCCAGCAAACACCAUCUGUAACAAAGUGGAGAUUGUUGUCACCAUCAAAAGCGGCCUUCGCUACUGCCUGAACCCCAAGCUGACAGCAGUGCAAAAACUCAUGGCUUCCAUCAUGAAAACAAAAACCUCCACUACAACCAGACCAACUGAGAUCACCUCCACCCCAUAUUGAAAAAAAAAUCUGUUGGAUCAACAUGCAAAUAUAAAAAACAUAAAUUGCCCAUAUUA